AGAAGGGCUGUCAGCAAAAUCAGCAAUGUUUGAAUCAAAGAAAUGGACAAAUGGGGGUGGUGUUCCAUAUAUUAUUUCAAAAGGAGUUAGACCAUGGGGGCCCGGGGUAUUCCGGGCCCGAUAUAGAACUAGGGGAAGGAGGGCCACCCAAUCCUUUGAGCCAGUUGCAAGCGUAAGUUUGGAUAAAGUCUCCUUAAUUGUUCUAUUCAUGUGUUCUACCUGACCUGAACUCUGGGGUCUAUAGGCACAAUGUAAUUUCCAAUCAAUCCCCAGCAAUUUGGCCACCAACUGACUUACUUGGGAGACGAAAGCGGGCCCGUUGUCCGACCCCAACGCUUGAGGCAUGUCAUACCUGGGAAAGAUUUCUUCGAGGAGCUUCUUGGUGACCAUUUUUGUAGUCUCGUGCUUUGUGGGGAAGGCUUCGACCCAUCCUGAGAAGGUGUCUACAAACACUAGGAGAUACUUGUAUCCAUAUAUACCUGGUUUAAUUUCAGUAAAAUCAAUUUCCCAAUGGAUGUUGGGACGGUGUCCCCUAGGACGAACUCCUUGUCUAAUCAUGGUCCUUCCCAGGUUAACCUGAGCGCACGCUUUGUAACUCUCAGUCACCUUUUGUAUCACUUUGUCCCAAUUAAAAAAAAAAACACAGAUUUAUCUCUUCCCGAUCUAGUAAGGUUUUCAUCUUCUUAAACCCCAAAUGGGUUAAUUUAUGUAAAAAGGAGAUCAAUUCAAAAGUCCUUUGUAGACCCACUGUUUUAGUUGAGGGUGGUAGAUGGCCCCCAUUUUUUCUAGGAGCUCUAUGUCCUCAUGGGCAUAAACCCAACUGGUUUGUCCCACUGGUGGGGGCGUGGGUUGGUCUGGGCUAUUUAAGGGCAAGAUUUGUUUGCUCAUGGCCGCUUCUCUCGCCGUGGCAUCGGCCAGCCGGUUUCCUCGUGCCUCUGGGUUGUGCCCUUUCUGGUGUCCUGGACAAUACAUAAUACUCAGUCUUUUGGGCAAGAAUAGAGCUUCUAAGAGGGCCAGAAUUUUAGCCUUAUUUUUAAUAUCUUUACCCUCAGAUGUGAGCAGCCCCCGCCUCCGGUAGAUCUCCCCGUGGAUGUGUACCGUGGCAAAGGCAUAACGGCUGUCUGUAUAUAUAUUUAGCCUCUUACCUUUUGUCAUCUUGAGCGCCUGAGUCAAGGCGAUGAGUUCAGCCCGUUGUGAGGAGGUACCAGCAGGCAGGGCUUUCGCCCAAAUCACUUUGUCCUCCGUAGUGACCGCAGCUCCAGCCUUUCGCCCUCCCUCUGCCAAGAAGCUGUUGCCAUCCGUGUACCAUGUGUGGUCAGCAUUCUGAAGAGGCUGGUCCGAUAGGUCCGGCCUGGUUCCAUGUACUUCUGCGAGGAUUUGUAGGCAGUCAUGCUGUUUUGCCUCCUCUGGUAGAGGAAGCAAGGUGGCAGGAUUGAGGGCGACUACGGGCCCAAACUGAACCCGUUCUGUAUCCAGUAACAAGGCUUGGUGCGAGAAUUAGAGAGCCAGCGGUCUGGGGGCUGCUUUACCAAGGCCUCCACUGCGUGGGGUGUUAGGAUGGUGAGUGGCUGUCCCAAAGUCAAUUUUCCAGUGUCCUUGAUCAGGACAGCAAUAGCAGCCACCAUCCUUAGGCACGGUGGCCAGCCGGAGGCCACAGGGUCCAAUUUCUUAGACAGGUAGGCCACAGGGCGUUUUCAGGGUCCCAACCUUUGUGUUAGGACCCCUUUAGCAUACCCCUGUUUCUCAUCGAUGAACAGUUACUGAGCAAAUUGUAAGGGUUUGGAACAGUCGGAUGAAUAUCUUCUAUCCUCUUGUUGACCUUUCUCAAGUCUUGUACUGGCCUAUAAUCUCCAGUGUCGGGUUUCUUAACAGGCAGAAGAGGCGUAUUCCAAGGCGACCGGCAGGGGAUUAGGAUGCCUUGAUCUAGAAGCCUCCUAAUGUGAGGCCUUAUACCUUGAUAAGCUUCAUGUGACAGGGGGUAUUGUUUUAUGGAGACUGGAGUUGUAGUGGCCUUUAACUGUGUAAUUAAGGGGGGCUGUUGGAGUGCCAACCCCAUCCCACCAGUCUCUGCCCAAGCCAGUGGAAAAUUCGUGACCCAAGUGUCUAUUUCUAGGGAUUGUGGCUUGUCCUGUCCCAGUUCAUAUAGUCUAUAUUCAUAGAAAUUGAAGGGGAGUUCCGUGGGGGCCAGUUAUUUGGGCCCCUCCUUUCUCAAAAUGAAUUUGUGCUUUUAGUUUGGUGAGAAGAUCAUGGCCCAGCAGAGGGUACGGGCAGUCCGGAACAUGUAAGAAGGAAUGGGUCACCUUACCAGUAGCCAGCUGAACCCGGCGGUCCGUAGUCCAUCGGUAUUGUUUCUCACCAGUAGCUCUUUGUACCCAGGCCGUCCGGUCGCUGAGUUGUCCUGAAGCUUGGGUGAGGACUGAAUGCUGGGCUCCUGUGUCUACCAGGAAAGUAACCGGCUGCCCCCCAACUUUAAGCGUUACCCUGGGCUCAGGGGGGGGGGCUCCUGGCCCUGACCUCCCUAAUCUUUAUCUAGAGCCAAAAGGGAGGUUCGUGGUCGAGGCUUUCGGGGUCCGCCAGGCUUCUUGGGGCACUCUCUGGCCCGGUGCCCUUUCUCUUUGUAAUAGGCACAUUGAUCUUUAUCCAGCUUCAGCCCCUUUCGAGCUCCCCCCUAUCUCCCUUCCUUUCUUGGCCCUGAACUACGGCGGCCAAGAUUCGACUCAAUUCUCUCUCUUAUUAAAAAUCUUUUCAGCUUCUUUAAGUAAAUCCUGUAAUGUAUAGCCCUGCAAAUUUUCUAACCUCUGUAACUUAGUCCUGAUAUCUGGAGCAGCCUGCCAGAUGAAGGACAUAGAGACACUCGUCAUUUGUCCUGGGUCAUCUGGGUCAUAGGGAGUGUACAUACGGUAGGCCUCCUUAAGUCUCUCUAGAAAGGCGGAGGGAGUUUCCCCUGCUUCCUGUAAUACCUGUUUUACCUGAGCCAAAUUAGUAGGGCGUCGUAUAGCCCCUCGGAGACCCGCUAGAAGCAACUGGCGAUAAAGGCGUAGGUGUCCCUUACCUUCAGCUGUAUUAAAAUCCCAGUUUGGUCCUCAGGCAGCUGGGUGGGACGCCCAUCAUCUCCCAGAACAUGCUUUCUGGCCUCUAGGAACACUCUUUGUUUUUUUUGUUUUUUUUUUUUUCCUGAGGUUAAGAGGGCCUGUAAGAGCUGUUGGCAGUCAUCCCAAGUAGGCUGGUGGGAAUCUUCACAAUUCCAUCCCAACUGUUUGGAUCCUGGUGCUAACAAUGCUGCCCAAACCUGGGACCUAUUACUUCCCCUGGGAGAUCAGUGAUGGCCAAGUCCCUGAAGGAAGCACACUGCGGACAUUUGGCAGGUUGUAUCUCUAUGACAUGGCUCACUCCCGCGUGACCCUGACAGCACCACAGAAACCCGAUCAGUGUCAGCUGCUUGUCUGCACCAAAUUGGUGGAGCCCUUUAAGGCGCAUGUGAACUUCCUGUACAUGGUUCUCGGGGAGCUGGAGCGUAUAGAGGGUGGAGCUUUGGUGUUGAAGGCCCGACUUCUCACCUGUGUGGAGGGGAUGGAUCUGUCCUUGUUAGAAAAAGCCAUCUUGGAGCAGAGGCUCCACCUACAGAAGAGGCAGCAGCCAAUAGGAGACGCCAGCACCUUGCAAGCCCCUCCACCUGCUCCUCAACCUCUUCCCAGUGACAGCCUUCAUCUGGAACCAGAGAGCAGGGAGCAGGAGCCCCUUCCCCAAACUCUGGACUGUCCAGAAAGCCCACCCAAGCUGGCCAUAGGGGCCCAUGCCUGCAAUCCCAGUGCAGGGGAGGGAGAGGCCAGAGGGGGCGGAGUUUAAGGCCAGUCUGAGCUACAUGACACACACGCCAUCUCUCAAAUAAACAAACAAACAAACAAA